AUGGAGUCCGCCUGUAUUCCGCUGUUUAUGAGCAACAAAGAUGUGGCUGCUGAUGCGGUGACUGGGAGUGGAAAGACACUGGCCUUCGUCAUUUCUAUUAUAGAACUGCUCCUGAAGCGAGAAGAGAAACUAAAGAAGAUGCAGGUUGGUGCCUUGGUGGUGACUCCCACCAGAGAACUGGCCCUCGAGAUCAGUGAAGUGAUGGAGCAGUUUAUUCAGAAAUUUCCCCAGUUUACGCAGAUUUUGCUAAUUGGUGGCAACAACCCAAUAGAAGAUAUGGAGAAGUUCAAGGAUCAGGGGGCCAACAUUGUGAUUGUGACACCAGGUCGUCUGGAGGACAUGUUCAGGAGGAAGUCUGACGGUCUGGACCUGGCCAGCUCAGUAAAGAGUCUGGAUGUGCUGGUGCUGGACGAGGCUGACAGACUGCUCGACAUGGGCUUUGAGGCCAGACGGCCCAUCAGUCAGCGGCAGCAGGAGGCCGUCAGCCAACGAGCGGGACAAAGGGUCUACAUGAAUCCUCGAAGAAUUUCAGAAGAUGAGAAGAUUGACUGGUCUUAG